AUGCACAAACUCACACACACAUUCAUGGGUGCGUAUAUAACACAUUCUUGUUGUGAGAGAGAGAGUAGAGAAGAGAGAGAUAUGGAGAGAACAGAAGCAUUGACGUCAUCCUUUAUAUGGCGGCCAAAUGCAAACGCAAACGCAGAGAUAACGCCGAGCUGUCCAAGAUGUGGAUCAUCCAACACAAAGUUCUGCUAUUACAACAACUACAGUCUCACUCAACCUCGCUACUUCUGCAAAGGCUGCCGUAGAUAUUGGACCAAAGGUGGCUCCCUCCGCAACGUGCCUGUAGGCGGUGGCUGCCGCAAAUCCCGCCGUACCAAAUCCUCCUCGAGUAACUCUAAAACCGGAGUAACCGCUAGUUCAUGCAGCUCCGGUGGUGGCUCACCAAACAUAGAUCUUGCUCUUGUUUACGCCAAUUUCUUGAAUCCAAAGCCUGACGAACCCACACUUCAAGAAGCAUGCGAUUUAGCCACAGGCGCUUCGAUGAAACCCUCUUGGAGUAUAGACAUCGGUGAUCAUCAUCACUAUGAUCAUCAGGUGGAACACAUUGUGGAGGAAUGUGGUUAUAAUGGGUUGCCUCCGUUUCCUGGUGAAGAGCUUCUUUCUAUUGACACUAAUAGUGUUUGGUCUGAUGCUUUAUUGAUUGGUCAUCACCAUGUAGAAGUUGGUGGUGUAACUCCGGCCCGGACUGUUCAUGAACCGGUGGUUCAUUUCGCUGAUGAAUCCAAUGACUCUACCAACUUCUUGUUAGGAAGCUGGAGCCCUUUUGAUUUCUCAACCGAUGGAUGAUGUUCCAUAUUUGCAGAAAAGGGAGUUUGUAUUCUACCUA